CAUUAUAAACCAAUUCAAUAUUUAUUAAUUAUUUUAUAUUUAAUAUUAUAUACAUUUUUUAUUGUUAUAUAUCACGGAUUAAAAUUGGAUUCCAGACUCCAGUUAUAAAUGUAUGAUUGAUAUCAAAUUCUGUUAUAUUGUUGAAUGCGUAAAUUAUGACUGACAAAAAGUAAUUCUAAAGUUGAUCACCCAUCAAUUUGUACGUAAUUGAAGUAUACCUAUUAUACGAAUUCAAUUGUUUUCUCAAUUGUGCUGAUUCCGUGACAAAAGAAUCAACGGCGGUGAUACUUCAAAGAAUUGAUUUUCAAAUUUGGUAAUUAAAUAUUUCAUGAGUUUAAAUAAACCAGAAAAAAUGCCUUCGUUGGACGCAAAUGUUGUAAAAAUUGCGGUUGAAAUGGAAUCUGAAAAUCCACAACUUAAAGAAUUCAAUCAAAAAAUACCUUUAACUAACAUAAUCCAGGACUUGUGUAGUGGAUGGGACCUAACUGAUCCUGAACAAUAUGCAUUAAAAUUUUCUGAAAAAACUAAUCAAAACUAUGUCACUGAAAAAAAUAGAAAUGAAAUUAAGAAUGGUUCUGUCUUAAGACUUGCAUUUUCUCCUUCAAAGAUUGCAUAUGACAUUUUACAAACACUUCAUUCUGAAGGAUCUGAAGACAAAAAUGAAAGAACUUCUGCCCUGCAAAAGUUAGCAGAAUGCAGUAUUGAUAUAACAUUUGCUCUUGAAUUCAUUAAUAAACAAGGAUUGGCACUGAUUAUUAGUUUGAUUGAAAGAGGUAAAUGUCAAGGAGCAAUGUUAGCUAAUGCACUAGCUUCAUUUGUCGAGUUAAUGGACCAUGGAAUUGUAUCUUGGGAUAUUUUAGAAACUCCAUUUAUUAAUAUGGUUGCCAGUUAUGUUAAUAAUCAAACAUCUAGGCCACAAGAAGCAAAAGUUGUACAAUCUUCACUAUCUAUAUUAGAAAGUAUUGUUUUAAACAGUUCUGCUAAGUAUGGUCAAGUAGAAAAAGAAGUAGGAUUUCCUAACCUUGUACUGCGUCUUGAAAAUCAAAACCCUAUUAUACAACAAAAUGCACUUUCUUUGAUAAAUGCUUUAUUUUUGAAAGCCGAUCCAGCUAAAAGAAAAAUUAUUGCUAGUACCUUAUGUACUAAACAAGUUCGCAAUGUUAUAUUGCAAAAUAUCAUACAAACAUCAUCUGGUGAAGUUGGAUCUGAAAUGGCUCAUCAACUUUAUGUUAUGCAAACACUGUGUUUUGGAUUGCUUGAAGAAAGAAUGAAUACUAAAAUGGACCCACAAGAUCAAGAUGCUCAUGAAAAAAUUAAGGAGUUGCGUAAGAUUGCAUUUGAAUUGGAUACAAUUAGUGGUGGAGAUGCUAGUCGACGACAACUUAGUCCAUUUACAAAAGAUUACAAGAAAUUGGGUUUUAAAUACGACAUAAACCCUGCAUUGGAUUUUACAGAAACUCCACCAGGAAUGUUAGCUUUAGAUUGUAUGGUAUAUUUUGCUCGUAAUCAUGUUGAUGCUUAUACAAAAGUUGUUCUUGAAAAUUCAUGUAGAGCAGAUGAACAUGAAUGUCCUUUUGGCCGAUCAUCUGUUGAAUUAGUACGCUUACUUUGCAAUAUACUUAGAAUUGGUGAACUUCCUAGUGAACAAACUACUACAUACCAUCAAAUAUUUUUUAGCCAUGAUCAUCCUUUCCAUGAAUUAUAUUGUGUUUGUAUUGUAUUACUAAAUAAAACAUGGAAGGAAAUGAGAGCAACAACAGAAGAUUUUGUCAAAGUAUUAAGUGUUGUACGGGAACAAAUCACUAGGUCUUUAGGCUCACAACCAGCCAAUUUGGAAAAACUACGACAAAAAUUAUCUACUCUUACUUAUUCUGAAAUAACUAAUUUAUGGCAACAAGAACGUACUUCUAGAGAACAAUGGGAGAGCCAUGCUCGUCCUAUAGUACAACUUAAAGAGUUGGUUACACCUGAGAUUGUGCAACUUAUUAAAAAACAACGACUCAACUACAUGGUUGAUGGGACUCGAUUUACUAAAUAUUCACAACGCGGACAGAGAGUUAAAGAUAAGUUUUGGUUUGUAAGAUUAUCACAAAACCAUAAAGUUUUACACUAUGGUGAUUGUGAUGAUAAAAGCGUUCCUACAAUUGAAGAACUUCCAAAUAAGUUAGGAGUGGUUGACAUCAAAGCAUUACUUACUGGUAAAGACUGUCCUCAUAUGAAAGAUGCCAAAGGCCGAAAAUCAACACAUCAACUUGCUUUUUCAUUGACUUUAGAUUCUGUAGAAAUAACACCCCUUUAUUUUGUCGCUCCAGAUGAAAUGGUUUAUGAUUAUUGGGUUGAUGGAAUAAAUGCAUUACUAGGAAAUAAAAUGACAAGUAAAGAAGCUGAAAAUGAUUUGGAAACAUUAUUAUCGAUGGAGAUAAAGCUUAGACUUUUAGAUGCUGAAGGAGUUGGUGUAGAUAUUCCUCAAGAUCCACCUCCUGUACCUGCUGAUCCACCAAACUAUGAAUUCUGUUAUGACUUUAAAUGAAGUUUUCAAAAAAUAUUUCAUGACCAAAUUAUUCAUUUAUAUAUUAUACAUUUACUAUCUCAACUACUAGUUUAUUAGGGUACUAGUAAGUUAUACAUUUUUUUUAUGGUAUCGCUACAACGGAUGGAACUAUAUGUAAACAAUAUUUUCUUCUAUUAAUACCAGUAAAGUAACUUGAAUAAAUAUAAGUUUUAAAAAUUAUCUAUUUAUUUACUAGUUAUUUACUUGUAAAAUUUGUGUAUUUUAAUAUUCAAUAGUAUAGGAGUAUAGGAUAUUAACCUAUAAGGGAAUCAAUAUAUUUUUAUACAUUAUAUUUUUUUUAUAUACGCCAUAUGAUAGUUUAAUAGUAUUUAUUUAU